CCUCCCUGUGUGGGUUGUCAGUUUAAAGCCAACAAAGCUGCAGCUGCAUCCACACGAGGUUAUGAGACGAAGCUGAUCCACAGCUCCGAAUGACAUCGACGGUGACAAAAUAGUACUGUCGGGAAAUGGACCUUGUGAAUAUAUGUCGGCACUCCGAUCACCUUAAAGAAACGAACGGCCUUAAGGAUAAAGACCCAGACUGUCAAAAUGAUUCAGAGAAAGAGGAAGAACCUUUACUUCGAGAAAACCCCCGACGGUUUGUCAUCUUCCCCAUUCAGUACCCCGACAUCUGGAAGAUGUACAAGCAGGCACAGGCCUCCUUCUGGACAGUGGAAGAAGUUGAUCUAUCCAAAGACUUGGCACACUGGGACCGUUUGAAACCUGAGGAGAAACACUUCAUCUCACAUGUUCUGGCCUUCUUUGCUGCAAGCGAUGGUAUCGUCAAUGAGAACCUGGUGCAGAGGUUCUGCCAGGAGGUGCAGCUCCCUGAAGCACGCUCCUUCUACAGCUUCCAGAUCCUCAUAGAGACUGUUCAUUCAGAGAUGUACAGCAUGCUCAUCAACACCUACAUCAGGGACCUGAAGGAAAGGGACUACUUAUUUAAUGCCAUUCAGACUAUGCCCUGUGUCAAACGAAAAGCAGACUGGGCCCUACAGUGGAUAAGCGACAGUAAAUCCACAUUUGGAGAGCGAAUCGUGGCUUUUGCAGCAGUGGAGGGCAUCUUCUUCUCUGGCUCAUUCGCUGCCAUCUAUUGGCUCAAGAAGAGAGGACUAAUGCCUGGCCUGACCUACUCCAACGAACUGAUCAGCAGGGAUGAGGGACUGCACUGUACCUUUGCCUGCCUGCUGUACAGCUACCUGGUGAAGAAGCCAUCAGAGGACAGGGUCAAGGACAUCAUCACCAAAGCUGUUAGCAUCGAGCAGGAGUUUCUGACAGAGGCCUUGCCAGUAGAUCUCAUUGGAAUCAACAGUUGUCUGAUGAAGCAGUACAUUGAGUUUGUAGCCGACCGUCUUCUCAAUGACCUUGGACUGGCCAAGGUAUACCAAGCUGAAAAUCCAUUUGACUUCAUGGAGUCCAUUUCACUGGAGGGGAAAACCAACUUCUUUGAAAAACGAGUGGCGGAGUAUCAGAGAUUUGGAGUUAUGUCAAGUAUGAUGGACUGUGAAUUUACUCUGGAUGCAGAUUUCUAAAACUUCGAUGACAUUUUGUUACAACAUUGUUACAUUUGAGCUAUUUAUUUAUUUUGUUUAAGAACCUGAUAAAAAAAAAACACUCUUCGGUCUUGUCACAAUACUAUCACAGUAUUACAAAAGACAUGUGCAGUUGCAGAUAAAAUUAAGUUGCAUUGUUUCAGCAGGCAUGUAUAACUUUUUGGCAAUACGGAUUGAGCAUUAUAUCUGGAGAUCAUUAGAUGCAAAAACAGUUUGCUGGGUGAACAAAUGGAUCCUGUAAGCCCUGCCCAUGGCUCUUUGUUUACCUCGACAUAUUGCAGGGCAGACGUGUAACCGGAGUUUUGGAUAAACAUAUGGGUGAUAGGAGUUAUUAAUCUGUACCUCAAAAUGGUUAAUAUCUAGAAUAUAUUUUAUUCAAGCUGCAGUUGUGGCAGUUGACUUUUAUGGUUGAUUGUUUUAACAUUUUGUCAUUUUUAAUGUAAAAUAAAAUAUUUUGUAAAAUGGAA